AUGCCUGGUGCACGUCCAUCACCCUUUGGCCAGGCUGAGCUUGGCUGGAAGCCACCAAGCUGGUGUGCCAUUGGGCUAGCUUUUGUGAACCCAGAGCCAACAGCUGGAAUAGGAAGCAGGAUCCUGGCAGGGUGCACAACUGGAGGGUUGGCAGUAAUAGUGGCACAGCCCACAGAUGUGGUGAAAGUCAGACUCCAAGCACAGAGCAACCUGUCUGGCACCAAACCCCGCUACACUGGGACUUUCCAUGCCUACAAAACAAUAGCCUCUGAAGAAGGAACAAGAGGGCUUUGGAAAGGGACGAUGCCCAAUGUGGCAAGAAAUGCUAUUGUUAAUUCGGCAGAGCUAGUAACCUAUGAUCUAAUAAAGGAGAACCUUUUGAAAUACAACCUACUAACAGAUAAUUUACCUUGCCACUUUGUGUCGGCCUUUGGCGCUGGAUUCUGCACAACGGUGGUAGCAUCUCCAGUGGACGUGGUAAAGACCAGAUACAUGAACUCACCACCAGGACAGUACACCAGUGCCCCGCAAUGUGCAUGGACCAUGCUCUGGAGGGAAGGACUGACUGCUUUUUACAAAGGGUUCGUGGCUUCCUUCUUAAGGCUGGGAUCUUGGAAUGUCGUCAUGUUUGUAUCUUAUGAACAGCUCAAAAGGGCGAUGAUGAAGUCCAAACCUACCAUUGACUGUACCACAGAAUCAUCUUUAUAA